CAGCCUUUUCACUAAUCUUCCAGCCAACCGUGCCAUCUUAACCCAAAAGAAAGCAACCGAGUAACCUGUUGGCGCUUUGUCACAGGCCUCACUGCUAAAGUCUGACAUCACUAUGGUUCUAGUCAAUAAAUCUCUCGAUACCAACUUUCGUCGCAUCUCACAACUGUUCUCUCAGAAGGGCCCUCGAUCACUACGAGAGAAGCAUACUCAAGAACCUGCCGAAACCCCGGGGCAAACAACUCUAGAAGGGCCGGAAAAGCAGAGCGUGAAACACGUAAAACAUGACUCCGCUGUAUACAUGGACGAUCCCGCACCGAUUCCCCUCCAGGAACCAGCCCUCCACAAACUACCCGUAGAGAUCAUCCAAGAGAUCGCGUCCUACCUAAGCAAACUCGAAAAAGCCUCCUUCUGCCUAAGCUCUCGCUUCACGUGCUACGCCGUCGGUACCCAGGAGCUCCACACCCUCCUCAGGCAUGCGUACGGCACCAAGUUCGACCGCCGGGCGAACAACAGAAUCCUCGAAAGAGCCUUCCCAAGCCACUGGUUCUGCGCCUGGUGCGACAAAUUCCACCGCCACGAUCGAGCCGGCGGGCCCCUAGACUUCGAUCGCGAGACGCCGCGGGAGUGCGCCCAGUUCAACAGCUUCCUGCGCUGUGGACCCGGCUUCACGCUCGCCUACCAUCAUGUGCGGCUGGCUAUGAACCGGCACUUCUGCGGGCCGGAAUACGGGAUUCCCCUUGACGACUUCACGUACUCAUCAAAGCAAAUGGUGAAGAUACUACGAGCCAACUGCCAGAUGGAGACCAUCACUAAGGCUCGGAUUGUAGCCAACCAGUUCUUACUCCACGCCGCAUGCACUGUUACGAUACCCCUCAGGCUGCGGCCUCAACGGGACAUAGCGAGCGAGAUCACGAAAGCAAUGCCGCAGGUUGUCGUGGGCCACCGAAGUAAAGAGCACGGGCAUAAAGACUUAGUCGGGGUCAUCCAACGCUUUCUCUCAAUGAUGCCGCCGCAAGAUUUCUUCCAGUCCGAAGUCAACUACUGCGGGCAGUGCUCGACGGACUACCAGGUCACGUGUCGCUACUUGGGCCCUCUGUACUCAGACCUGCGGACGAUUGAGAUCAUGGUCGAGGUGUGGCGGAACUUGGGCGUGGGCAAAAGCCCUUUCGACGCGCUAUGGCGAGCUCAUGGGGAGACACAGGGCCAGAAGGUGGUCGGGAAGGCAAAGACGUGGAGUCCCAUGGAUAAAAGUGAGGCUGGAGUGAUCAAGGAAGCUUUCCAGAAAGAGGGCGAGCUGGAGCGGUUGGGACAGUUUGGGACGCUCCAAGGUAAUGCGUUGGUGCUGAAGAGUUGGGGAUGAUAUAAGGAUGCUGGGUCCCUAUGGGCGGAAGUGAUUCGAUCUAAUGGCGUACUCAUUUCUCUGGGAUAUCGUUGGCCUUGAUCUACUAGAUUGAAGAUUUAGUUGGAACUGAUUUACAUUUCAGCAUAGAAGAGCUAGAGUACUAGGUCAUCUCGGGCUCACGGAUAUAUCACUGCUCCGACUCCACUCUUGCUCGAUCAACACUCCUGUGAGGAGUGUUUCAGCUAUCAGGUAUUAGCUUCGUCGAAAGGCAGUCUGGUCUCCACUACGUUAGUCUUUACAUCGUAUUCGGAGUUUUAAAGGCCUAUCGGGGGUUACCUAGCAGAUCGCUUCUCUGUGAACAACAAGCGAAAAUGAAAUGAAUAGGUACCAUGAGCAUGGAAAUUCAUUAAGUGUACAUACAUCUACGUGACUGGUAUGAUUGAGUGUAGAAAC